GUCCAGAUAUUUUCAGACUGCACGGUAGGUGGCGGAAAAUAUGUAGUUACAGAAAAUCAGGAGUACGAAGAAGAAGGAGGAGGAGUUAAGAGGAGGACUUAAAGAAAGAAAGUCAUACCACACCGGGACCAAGUGCAUCUUCACGUCUGGCUCACUUGGGAGAUGUCCACGUAGUUUAAUAUUAACUUUUUUAUUCUUUUUUCUCUUUUGCUGCAAGCUAGGUGUUUAGGAACAGCCUGUUCUUACCUACUACAUAUUACUACAAGUAAAUUGGAUGCACUUUUGUAACUCCGCCACAGAAAAUAGCUACUAGGUUUAACUCGCUAAAGCUUUCCAUGCUUUGAUGGUAGCCUUGGGUUUUUGAAUACUCUUCUCUCUCUUAAACGAAAGCCCUACAAUUGCUGACAUGUUUGCAAAUAUAGCUCUUAGCAGAGGCGUUACUGCCCACCGCCUUAGUAAGAAUGCCACGUUCUUCAUGAAUGAAGGAACAUUUGCAGUCCCUGGAUGCCGGAACCAGACCUCAGAACGUCACAAACCUCUGUUGCUGAUGUUACCGUGGUUGGGUUCACGUCCCCAUGCGCUGGCUAAGUACUGUGACAUCUACUUCAACACAGGAUUUGACGUGCUAGUAUUUGAGAGCGAGGUGCAAGGGUUCCUUUGGCCCCGCUGGGGUCUGGAACAUGGAAAGACAUUACUGGAGUUGCUGGAGAGCGAGCGCUUCGUGUCCCGCCCCCUGCUUGUUCAUGCAUUUUCAAUCGGUGGAUAUACCUUCUCUCAGCUCCUUGUGCAUGUGUCGAAAGAUACAGAUAAAUAUCAGGCAUUCACAGAAAGGAUCACAGGGCAGAUUUAUGAUAGCAUGGUGGCAGGAUCCCUUGAGCACAUGGCUAUAGGUUUGGGAAAAACUGUAUUUCCAAAAUGUGAGUGGUUGGUAAAGCAAACAGCCAUGUUUUACUUUGACAAGUUUAAAAGCCACACCGUGGACUACUUUGACAUAUCCUUGGAUGUGUUUUGGAAUACGCCCAUCACCGCUCCUGUGCUGAUGUUCUACUGUAACAAUGAUCCACUGUGUGACCCACAAACUUUGGCGGACUUGGCCGGUUACUGGCGAGGGCGUGGAAUGGAUGUCACAGAAAAGAAGUGGGACAAUUCCAUUCACGCGGGCCACCUUAAGAGACACCCAGAGGAAUAUCUGUCCACACUUCGCAUAUUCCUCAGUUCCCUUGGUUUUACCCCGUUAAAGGCGAAGUUAUGAGGUAAAAUCCCAACAAUGUAAUGCAAGAGGAACUUGACUUCACUGUACAUUAACCUCAAAUGUUUUAAGCUUUGGCUGGGCUGUAAUAGUACAUCUUGAAUUUUUACACUAAUUGGUGUGUGUUAUGAAGGUACAGUAACAGUUCAGUUUUAUUCAGAAUGACGAUCACAUGUACUCAGGGUUUACUUCAUACAGUUUCAUAAACACUAAAGCAAAGCAUAUAAAGAAUAAAAUGCACUUUGGAUCACAAUGUUCAUGUACGCCAAAGCAAACAAACAAAUAUAAAGUCUGACACUUUUCUUUUAGGCAAGCAACUGUCUACUAACUUAAACUAAAUCAUGGAGGGGAAGACAAGUGCAGGAAAUAUUCCAAACUUAAAUUUCUCAUUUGAAAUGCUGGAACCAGCAUAAUUUGGCAUCUUCAUUUUACUACAACAUAAUGGUUUGUCAGAAUUGUUAAUCUACUGGUCACUACUGACAUUUUCAGUUAACUAUAUAUCUUCAAAAACAGUAUACAUCAUUCCAUUUUGCACAACAUCUCAAUGUCUUUGGAAAUGGAGGGUUAUACAUUGAAGUUCCUAACUGUUCUUUGACCCUCAAAAAUACAGUUUCCAAAUCAAAUGUGAACUUUGCCUUUUGCUUUUUUCUUUUAAAUAUUUGAGACAAAAUGUAAACAGUCCAAAGAACGAUGUGAACAGCAAUGGCCACAAGCAUGCAAGCUCCAAGUGCUUCUAUUUAUGAAACACGACAGGUCAAGAUGUGUGCUUGAUGUUUUAGUGUCUAAUGUUUGGAGUCAUGUCUUUUGGUGCUUGCAUUAAUGGAUACAACUAGAGUUCAAAGUCAAAUGACAAAUCUCUGGUUUCAGCUUCUUAAAUACAAUCACUUGUUGCAUAUUUUUCAGAUUUUGUCAGACAAAAGAGUAGAAAUUAGCAUAGUUUUAGGUGAAACACUACUAAAUUUUAAAUGUGUAAAGCCUAAUUAACUCAUGUUUCACAAGCACCAAGGUAAUUUUUUAUCAGUCAAGAUAUGUUCAGGGAAAACUCACACAAACCACCUGAAAUCUACUUUACCUUUUCCCUCACAGUUAAGGGAUUUUUUAAGUGGCUAUGACAUUUCCUGGUGGUUGAUUAUGUUCUCAUCUCAGGAUGUAAAAACCCUUGAAUGAUUUUGAAAUUAAAACUGGACAUUUACUUUUCCUGCAGUAAUUUACAAGUAAAGAAACUUGUUCCGUGCUUUAAAAAAACAGUUGAUGCAUGUGAUUGAGCUUCAGGGUUAAACUGCUGGUCUGAUUUUCAAUUUCCUGCUGAUAAGCACAGCAUGCUGUGUGCACUCAGAAGAAAAUGCAAUACUACUUGACACUGCUGCUGCUGAAGUUUUGUUUUUUACACAUUUUUACACAAAGCCUUGAAAGUGCCUUAAAAAGCACCUCACUUGUUACUACCACCAAGUCUAACAAGAACUAAGGUGAUUACAACAGCACGUUUUCAUGAAAGUAUAUAUUUGAUUAAUUUAGGUCGGUGUCUAUGGCUACGUUCACACUGCAGGCGAAAGCGCAUCAAA